AUGAAGGGUGUAGAAAUAAGCUUCAAGUCCCACCCAUCAUCUUAUAAUAAAACUCAUAAAAUUCAAUAUAUGGAUUUAAAAAAGGAAAGUAAUCAAGCUUCAACAGUGUCUAUAAUGGUCCCUAAUUUAAACUUUGAACAAAUAACUUAUUAUCAACCUGAAAUUAUUAAUGAUGACCCUACAAUGGAAAAAGAAAUUUUUAAAAUUGAAAAGUUUAAUACUAAAUCGUCAGGUCCUAUGGAAUUGAGAAGGAUUUCCGAUAUUGAAGUAAAAUCAUAUAAACCUUUGAAAAAAAUGAAAUUUCGAAGAAAAAAAAAAUAUUCAUCAAUUGUUAGUAAAGUUGAAGCAAUUUUAAACAGGGGAAAACAUUCAUUAUCCAGCAGAGAUCCAUCAGAAGAAUCUGUUGUAGUCGAAUAUGACAAACCUACUGAAACCAUUAUAGGGAUUAAUGAUUUGCCAGAAAGCAUUUUACAAAAAAUAUUUUUUUGGUUAACAUUUAAAGAACAAAUCACUCUUCUUCCUAGAGUUUGCAAAUUUUGGUACUACAUUAUUCGAGAUCCAAUUUUUUGGACAAGCUUAGAAUUUUCAGGAGAUAAAGUACCAUCUACUGUUAUAAUUGAUCUUUUAAAAAGAUACCCAUCAUUAGAACGUCUCCACCUAAUUUCUGUGCCUAAUGUUAUUGAUAUAUUGCAAGAAUUAAGUCGGUGCAAUCAUGAUAUAAAAGAAUUAAAAGUUAGAAAUUGUAAUGUUGGCAGUUUUGAUUUUGGUCGUAUGAUUCUUCACAUUGUAUCCUGUUGUACAAAACUUGAAGUUUUAGAUAUUAAAAACAUGCCUUUUCAAUCGGAGCGGUUUUACCUAGAAUUGGGCCGCUUAACAAAUCUUAAAUGUCUUAAUUUAUCUGGGAAUAAAUUUUUAAGAAGUCAAGAUGUAAUAACUCUAUCUAUAAACUGUAGAACUUUAGAAGAUUUAAGACUAUUGAAUACUUACACUGAAAGUAGUUUUGGAAAUAGUUUGAAAGACAAUGAAAUGGUCUUCAUCGCAUCUCAUUUACAGCCAACUUUAUCUACUUUAAAGAUAGAUAUGCACCAACUGAGAAAUAUAUCGUAUCAGUGCUCAUUGCUUCAACAUUUGGUUUUGGAAAAUUGUUUACUUUUAAGCAGUGACACGUUUCGUUUAUUUCCCGCCUUAACAAAAUUAAAAAAACUUAAAAUAACGAGGGGUAUCAAUUUAAAAGCUGAAGAUUUUUCAUUUGUUUUCUCAAGCGACAGCAUGCAAAAUAUCGAGCACUUGGAUUUAAACGGGUGUUGGAACAUUGGUGAAGUUGGAUUGAGAGCCAUAACUUAUAAACUAUUAAAUCUAAAAAGUUUGUCAUUGAAAAAUUGUAAAUCGAUUCAAAAAAACGACGUUUCCUACUUAUCCAAAUGUUCAAAAUUAACGUUUUUAAAUUUGGCUCAUACGAAUGUGGAUUCGGAUAAUUUAGAAUUACUGCCUCAAUAUGUUAAAAAUUUGAAAGAAAUUGUCAUUGGUUGUGACGUACCGCUAAAAUCAAUACUUCAUUUACAAAAAUGUCUACCUGAUUUGAUCGUUGUCAUUAGUUAUUCCGAAUAUCAUAAAAACGAAAAAAUUUUUAGUGAUUAA